AUGAUCGAGGGCACUCUCUCCAAGGUAGACUCGAGUGGGGUAACUCAUGCUACAGUCAGCACCCAAAAUGGCUCGGGAUCAGGUGGUACGAACUUACAGUAUCCAUCGACCGAUGAACCAGUGAUCGUCGUUGGUGCGGGGUUGGCUGGGUUAAGCGCUGCACUUGAGGUGGUUCAUGAAGGUGGCUCUGUGAUUCUGAUCGAAGCUGAGAAGAACGUUGGUGGAAAUAGUGCGAAAGCUUCAAGUGGUAUCGCAGCAUGCAAUACUGAAGCCCAGCGAAUCCAUCACAUCAACGAUUCAACCGAUCGCUUUUAUUUGGAUACGAUGAAUGCAGGUGCCCACAAAAAUGAUCAUGUUCUCGUCGAUCAAUUGGUACAUCAGUCGAACGAUGCAAUCGAAUUUUUGACCGCUCACGGUGCAGAUCUCUCAGACGUGGUACUUGCUGGAGGGCAUUCCGUGAAGCGUGUUCACAGAUAUACAUUGAAGGUGAAGAUUCUUUUGAACACCGAAGUGGUUGGUCUGGUAACGUGGAAUGAUUUUAUAACUGGCGUACGGGUGCAUAAAGAGAACAAUAAAAUCGAAGAGAUAUCUGGUAAAGCGGUGAUUCUGGCAACGGGUGGCUAUAGCAAUGAUAAGAGUGGUCAAGGUUCAUUACUGGUCGAAUUUGCACCUGAUAAGAUUAAGUUCCCAACCACGAAUGGUCCGUGGGCAUCUGGCAGAGGUGUGAAGAUGGCCCGUGCGAUGGGGGCAUCUCUGGUGGGAAUGAGUGAUGUUCAGAUUCAUCCAACUGCAUUCAUCGAUCCAAAAGAACCGAAUGGAACGACAAAAUUCUUAGCUGCAGAAGCGCUGAGAGGUAAAGGUGCUAUUUUGUUGAAUGAAAAAGGUGAACGAUUCGGGAACGAGUUGGGAUAUCGUGAUUAUUUGACGGAUCGCAUCUUGCAUCAUUGUGCUGAGGAUCCUGAAGCCGGAGGUGCACACGUCGCUUUUAUGAUAAUGACAGAUAAAAGCGUUGAUGAUUUUGGGCGUGCCGCUUUUGGAUUCUACGCUUUCGUUAAGGGAUUCUUUAAGAAAUUCGAUAAUGUGACCGGAUUAGCGAAAUAUAUGAACGUUGAUGAGGCGACUCUCAGGAAAACUUUCGCAGAUUACAACAAAUAUGUUGAGUCGGAUGAUCCAAACAAAAAAGAUCAGUUCGAUAAAGUGUUCUUCCCGGCGAGUUUCGAUCCAAACUCGGUUCUGUACGUUGCUAAGGUAACUCCAGCCAUUCACUAUACAAUGGGUGGAUUGAAAAUCGACAGAGAAGCGUAUGUGUUUAAUGGUUUUGCACAAAAACCGUUUAAAGGGCUGCUGGCCGCAGGCGAAGUGACAGGCGGAGUACAUGGUCGUAACAGACUGGCUGGAAAUUCGCUUUUAGAAUGUGUUGUUUAUGGAAGAAUUGCGGGACGGAAUGCCGCAAGAAUUAAAUAUACGGAUGCGGAUGCAGGGAUGGGCAGAAGUGAUCUGUAA